CAUCACCCUUCACGCAGCACCUCACCACCACCACCACCACCACCAGUACCUACACGCACUCACAACCACAACCACAACCUUCCCAUCACCACCGCCCACCACCACAACACAACAAAAAUGCUAUCCCUCACCCCGCCCACCAUCACCACUCCAAAAGCGGUAGUCAACCUGCUCCCCUGCCGCCUGCACCACACUGGGCCCGCAAACGCCACGCCAGCACACUGGUCGCCCACUCGCUCCUCCUCCUCCACCACACAGCACAAAACUAGCUACUUCCGCGGCCGCCGGCUCCUCGCCAAAGAGCUGCUGCUGCCGGCGGGGUAUACCGGGUGUGUCCUCGCGCCAACAGACCAGGUCAUCACCCCCACUGCAGACGAGGAGGGGGAGGAUGGAGAAGGUGUGGAAACGAAAGCGGUCGAGGUCCUUGCUACGUUCGAUGGCAUCGAUGUCUGGGGCCACGAACAGGUUCCCCAGGACGAUUAUGGUGUCGUAAGGGCCGCUGAGGAGUGGGUGCUCCUGGCGGCGAGGGUUAAUACUUUUGAUGAUGAGGAGGAGGAGGAACAGGGGGAGGGGGGGAAGAAGUGA